AUGUCCGCGAACAAGAUAUCUGCCCAUCCGCAAUAUAUUCCUGCCCUCACAACAACAAUGUCUCCAGAAAUUUUCCAAUUUCCCGCCCAAUGCAGCAAAAUCCCCGAAUUCCCACGCCUACAUGGUCCUGAUAACCUUUCUCACUCUCCCGAAACUCCUCCUCGCUUCCUGGGCACCAACUACUCGAUGACCUCGCUCCCGACUAUAACUACUCAAGGCUGCCCCCAUGAGCACAAUAUCCACCCAAUCAGCUCCCAGGUCACCUCCAUCGGCCGCAUGGGCAUGAUUGGCCAACACUUCGACGCAUACGGCCCUCUUUCCCCCGUUCACAUUCACCAGCGUUCGACAAGCCUAGUAAUCCCAACCAACAGCAUCCGCCGCAAGAGGAACAAUGACCAUCUCAAAGAGACCUUCCGCCUUCCCUUCAUGUUUGUGGAGAGCACUGACAGCAUUCGAGACAUUCCGGAUCGACCAGCGACUCCCGAGCCACAAAGAGCCCGCUCCUUUCGGCUUAAGAGAACUGAGAGUGUGGUGUUCAGUGCGGCCAAAGGAGAGUCAUGGAGUUCUGUACAGGAACGUCUCUCCCCCUGGGCUGCUAAGAGUCCGACUACUCCAGAGACUCCCGAGAUGCGCCGUCCGACCAGUACUGCGAGUAUGGAUCCGUUGGAGUUCAUCAAGUGGACUGAUGAGCGUAAAGAGGGAACUAAAAGGGUACGAGCCAAACAGAUUGCGGAAAUGCGCGCUGCGGGUAUCGUGUUUGAGGAUCCAGCUUUAUGUGACGACGAGGAGAUCCUCUCCCCAUCAAAGAGAGUGAGGCUCUCAAUCGAAAACCAGGCCAAGAGCAGUGAUGUCGAUGUCGGUGACGAGUUGAUGGAAGACGAUGACGACGAUAAUAUUGACGAUUACAAUCUAGAGCUUCAAUGCAGCAGCUCCGACUCGGAUGACGAUCUGCUCGAUCCAUCUUCCUACCAGUGGGCAAAGGGCACCGAUGCUGAUGGCGCGGAGGAAUUUCAUGGGACGGUCGGUUACGAAGGAGAUGAUGAAGAGGGUGAACUCAUGGAAGAGGAAGAGGAAGAGGAAAACGGCUGUAGAGAGCAGGGUCUAAAUGUUGCCGCCGGACCGAAUGUGUUGGAAGCUAGCGAAAGCCUCAACGCCGAUCUCAAGGCCGUCGACGAUGGAUGCAACGCCUUCGCUGCUCUCACCUUGACCGACCCUUUGACUCUGGAUCCACGCUCAAUUAACAACAACGUCUUCAGUGCGGCCAACGAUCAAUGGCUGCUAGAAACGGUACCGCUAUUUCAAGAAAAGCACAAAGGCAUGGAGGACGCUAUGUUCUACUUCAAAACGGAUCUCCUUUGA